ACCGGUGAGGUUGCGUCGCUGAGUUCCGCGCAUCGCGAGUGAGUGACGAGUGAGUGACAUGCCCGCCCGCGCCGUGGCCUUCCUCGCCACCGCGGCCCUCGCCCUCGCGGCCUCUCCGCCCGACCCUUGCUACGAGGAGGGUCGCCCGAGGCGCUGCAUCCCGGACUUCGUCAACGCAGCCUUCGGAAACCCUGUCAUCGCAUCCUCCAUAUGCGGAAGACGAGGCCCCGAACGUCUGUGCGACCCACCGGGAGAUCAGAACCCGGAAAAUGCUUGCCGAGUUUGCGAUGCCGCACGCUCGGACCGAAGGCAUCCCCCUACCCAUCUGACAGACUUGAACAACCCUCACGACGUCACCUGCUGGAGAUCUGCCGCUCUAGCCCCGGCUUCCUACGAUUCCCCUCCAGACAACGUCUCCCUAACCCUGUCCUUAGGAAAAAAGUAUGAGCUAACCUAUGUCAGUUUACAAUUCUGUCCCAAAGCAGCCCGUCCUGAUUCCGUGGCGAUAUACAAGAGCGCUGACUACGGGGUCACUUGGCAACCUUUUCAGUUCUAUUCGAGUCAAUGCAGACGCGUGUACGGGCGGCCGAAUAAAGCUACUGUGACCGCGGCGAACGAGCAGGAAGCUAGAUGUUCAGAUUCCCAUAGAUUGGCCGGGGAGAAUUCCGGUGGAGCCAGAUUAGCGUUUAGUACGCUGGAAGGGCGUCCGAGUGCUGCUAACUUCGAUAUAUCUCCUGUUCUGCAAGAUUGGGUGACUGCAACUGACGUACGGGUUGUUUUCAAUCGCCUCCACAUGGUGAAUGAAGGGGAUGAGGUGGACAAUAAGAAGCAGGCAGCGGCUGGGACUCAGCAUUACGCUGUGUCGGAUUUUGCGGUCGGUGGUCGGUGCAAGUGCAACGGACACGCGUCAAGAUGUAUUCCUGCAAAGGCAGAGGAGAGUCAGGUUCAGUUAGCGUGUGACUGCAAGCACAACACCGCUGGAAGAGACUGCGAGAGAUGCAAGCCGUUUCACUUCGACAGACCGUGGGGACGAGCGACGGCGCGCGACGCCAAUGAAUGCAAAGAAUGCAACUGCAACGGGCACGCGCGUCGAUGUCGCUUCAACAUGGAGCUGUACAAGCUGUCGGGUCGAGCCAGCGGCGGCGUGUGCCUCAAGUGCCGGCACUACACCGCCGGCCGGCACUGCCACUACUGCCGCGAGGGCUACUACCGAGACCCCACCAAACCCAUCACUCAUAAGAAGGCUUGCAAACCAUGCGACUGCCACCCAGUGGGUGCGAGCGGGAAGACGUGCAACCAGACGAGCGGACAGUGCCCGUGCAAGGACGGCGUCACGGGCACCACGUGCAACCGCUGCGCUAAAGGCUACCAGCAAUCCAGGAGCCACAUCGCACCUUGCAUACGCAUUCCUCGCAUAGUGACCGCGGUGCAAGCCAUGGAGGCGGUCGACGCGGAGCCGGGGCGCGCGGAGCAGUGCGGGCGGUGCCGCGCCGGCGCACGAACGCUCAACCUCAACAAGUUCUGCAGCCGAGAUUACGUCAUAAUGGGUCGAGUGGUCGGGCGCGAGGCGGCGGGCGCGGGCGGCGCGUGGGUGCGGCUGGCGCUGAGCGUGCAGGCCGUGUACAAGCGCGCGCCGCGCAGCCGCCUGCGCCGCGGCGCCGUGGCGCUGCACGUGCGCGCGCACGACCUCGCCUGCAAGUGCCCCAAGAUCAAGAUUAACAAGUCCUAUUUAAUCCUAGGAGUGGAAAAAGAAGGAUCGUCGUCUGGUUUGCCGGGGCUGACGGUUGGCGACAGAACUUUACUGCUGGAGUGGCGGGACGACUGGCACAGACGCAUCCGUCGCCUGCAACGGCGUGCGAUCAACUGCCACUAACCGAAGCGCGUUCCCGAGGGCCAUUAGCCGCCAUCUUGAAAAAGGCAAAGGUUUAGUAACAAACAGCCUAAUGCGAGGGCCUAUUUAAAGGUGUUUGUAAGGUAUUCCGUCUAUGUUCCGUGCAUAUUUUUGAAUGGAUGCAAGAAAACUGCCAUUAACGCUGUUUAAUAAUACAAUAGAUUGACCUAGUCGCGUUUAAGGAUAUAGUAAUCCGUUAAUAAUAAUUAAUAAAGAUGUUAAAUGGUUCUGUCUCCUUCACAAUACUUUGAUUCUAUACCCCCUACUAUCUCAAUUUACGAAUUGUUACUAUAUCGACUCGAUUUACCCACUAUAUGAGUAAAAUAAUAUAAUUGUUGCCAUGUAAAAAUGGAAGCAAAAUAUUAUGAUGACUUAAUUUCUUCCUUCCUAGGAUUUCGUUACUAAACGAGUACUGUUAACAACAAAGUUCCUAUAUUAUGUGAAACAAAAAAAAUUUAUUACCUAUUGCAACACUGAAAUGUAUUUAAUUGGUUUAAGGAAUUUUGUUGUUAACUUUACUCUAAUUUUAUAAGAUUAUUUAUUUAAAUAUUCUAGAAGCUAUGACUAAAUAAUAGUUUUCGUUCCAUUUUAUGCAUUUUUUGUAUAAUUGUUAAUUUUUAUAUUGAAAAUGCGUAUGUUGAAAUUGUUUUUAAGUACUGGUAACUCUCGUCAAUAUCAUGUGUCAAAAUUGGCGCGCAAUUAUUCAGCGCUUUUUCAGCUCUCUUUUGAUAAAUGAUAUUUUUUGUACAAUAUAGAUUUAGGAGAUAUUGAGGAUGACUCAUUUCGAUGAUUCGUCUCCACAAAGUAUAGUCAUAAUGUUUUAACGUACCUCAUUUAUUAAGAAAACUUAUAGUUAAGGGUUAUUAAAUCUAUUAAUUUAUAAAUUUCCUUCGUAAUAAUAUUUUGGAAAAUCCUCUUUUAAACGACAUGUCUUGCCAAAGCGAUGAUUUUUAACUUCUAUACCAAGUACUUAUUUUUUCCGCUAAAAUGUUUAAACGUACCUAGUUUAUUAUUUCUUUAUCUAACGCCUGAUUGAAGGUAUAUGUACAGUAUUAUUAGCUUUACUAAAAUAAAAUUAUAAAGUAAUUAAGUGUAUAAAGUUUUAAACGUACAUUUUGACGUCAUAUUUGAUAUUGGUCACUUUGACUUUUCACAUUUUCAAUCAUGGGUAAACAUACGCAAAAUUUUUAAGAACGAUAUUCUAUGAAAUAUUAAACAAAAAGACAACGUAAAAGUUCGAAGAUAUUUUGAACAAGAACAAUUUCCAAUCGCAAUAACGACACAAAACAAUAUUGUAUUUCAACAAAAAGGCCUACACUCUAAUCUCUCCAAUUGAACCAUCAAAAUUAUACUCUCAGGUACAGUUAUGGCAUGUUUCCACGGACCAUCUCACGACACGACGAAAUGUCAAUGACUCCGAGCACAAUCAAAUAAUCUACGGUCUAUAUUAAUGAGAGAAAGAAAGAUUGUAGUCUAUCUCUGUUAUCUAUAUCAGUUGCCAAGUGGAACUAAGAAGUUUCCUCGGUCCAAAACAUGUGAAACAUACUUGCAACAUUCCAAGUCUUAGUAAAAUAUGCUCAUGCCCUUUGACAAAACUACUAGCCAAAAAGUUUUCUAGUUCUAUAGAUAUAAAUACAUCGUUUAUUAAUGCUACGACAUCUCACAGCAUGGUGUAUGUUUUCGACGCUACGACAUCUCACAGCAUGGUGUAUGUUUUCGACGACUUUUUGUCUAUUUUUUAUGUCGUUGGUGCUGCUAUGUUACUUUCUUCACUAAGUUGGUUCUAAGUUUUUAAGUAUAGCGACUCAUAAUAGCAACGAUAUAGCCACGAAAGUAUGAAUUUGCGGAAGAUUCACCAUACCACUCAUAAUGCGACAGACCUUUGUGACUGUCGUGUCUUUGCUGAAAUCGAUAUUCGAAGAAAAACACAUGAACUUGGUGAUGGAACGCGAACGUACACAGAUCGCGUUAUCGUGUUGGUCGUUACCGAAAAUCGUGUCGUGGGUGGUCCGUGGAAAACGUAGAGUAGGGACACAAUGCAACAAAUCAUCUCUCUCACGAUGCUACAAUUUACAAUAAUCCAUUGUUAGGAUUCGCAACAUGGCCGCGGGACAAACAAAUAUGGCGGGAUAAUGGCCGCCGGCGGGAAAACAAUACACGAAAUUAUUUCAAUGGACUUAUUACAGAUACCGGCCGAUUUCAUGUUCCAAUUACUAUUAUUUUACAUAUUAGGUUAAGAGGAGAAGCUAGAAGCUACUAGCUAGGAGAGAUUUUGGAUGUUCAAAAUAAAAUAAAAGAAUUUUACACAUUUACCAACUUAAAGAAAAUAAAUAUUGCACUCGCUUCGCUCUCACCUCGGUACGUAAUUUUAGUUCCUUCAUUAUUUUUCCUGCUUACAUUAAAAUGAUGUUCUUUAUCAAACAAAAACUGCGUUUAUGUUUUUUUUACAGUACUAUUAUCUUUCUGUUGCCACAAUUUGUAAAUUUUUAAUCUAUAAUUGAAAUUUCGAGCUUGCUGCGCUCGUGUGUAUUCUUAUUUACCUACUCUAAAUACAUAUAUCUUUGUGUUAUCAUUUAUUUUUAUUUGACUAGUAAAAAAUAAAACUAACAUAAUUCCUGUAAAACAAUAUAUCUGUAGCGUUUAAAUGUACGUUUAGAAAAUGAAAUGAAAAAUAAUCGUUUUAGAUACGUAUUUAAAAAUUAAUUAGUGGUUUCGCUUGAUUGUACUGCGGAUUGUAAAAAGUGUAUUUAGUUGUAGAUUGAUAUCUAUUAACCUGUUUCUAGCUAAGCAUAUCGUAAGAUUUCGCAAUUUAUAUUCUGUUUUAAUAAAAUUUGUAAAAACAUUAAUAUUGUACGUUAACUUUAACUUAUGGUUAAACACUCAUUAAAUUCUGAAAAUACCUAACUUAAUUCUUAACUACUACUUAAUAUUUUAAUUUUGAUAAUGUUGGUACAAAACUAUAGAAAUUUAAUUCUUUAUUUGUGAAAUUGUAAAAAACUAAUAUCGACGAAAGAUAAUAUGAAAUCUUUAACAAUUCUUUUUCCUCCAAUUAAAUACAAGUAAGUAAGUGUAGGUAUUACAGAACUGUGAAAAUUCAUGUUCAAAACCCUUA